AUUACCGUCCUUGAAUAUUUCACAACCAUAUCUCCCAGCUUAUACCGGACACUCAUAUCUACGGCUCACAUCUGUAGCCGUAGGCACCGCGGAGAUGUCCUCACCAGUCCUUUCUCCGCUUCAUUCGCUCACCGGAUACUCGUUACCGCAACACUGCGAACCCUCGUCCAAUUUCCUAGCUCUUCUCUCGUCAACGCUGCAUAUAUGUAUUCCUAAUGAGUUAGGGUUGAUAUCGUCGUCACUCGGCUGUUUGAGCAUUGUCUCGUGGCUUUUUGCGCAACUGCCUCAGAUUUAUAAGAAUUAUAAACUGCAAUCGACAGCGGGACUGUCUGCAUUUUUCCUCGUUGAAUGGUGUUUGGGGGAUACUGCGAAUUUGGUCGGUGCGCUAUUCACACGUCAGGCGACGUGGCAAGUGACGAUUGCCUCAUACUACGUUUUUGUAGAUGUUGUACUCGUUAUCCAAUAUUAUUGGUAUACAUAUGUGAAGAAGAAGGGGAAAGGGAAGGAUAGCGUCGAUGGCUCAUUCGACGAAGAUAAUGCUCCGAUAUACGACGGCAUUCGUGUUAGAGAUGAGAACCAACCUGUGGAUGAUGUUUACUCGACGAAAAUAAUGCGCCCUUCGGAGCCAAAGGACGUGGAAUUAUUCAAGUCAAGCGCCAACUCUCCACCCCGAUUUUAUUCCCCUUCCUACUCGGAGAAGUUUGGAAAUCGACGUGUACGUAACACAGGUUAUCCUAGUGGAACGAAUGCAUCUCCAACUCCGUCGAUGGCUACCUCUCCCACCCACUCUCCCUUGCCGUCAAAUUUUGACGCUAUUACUGAUUCUCACGACAUGGACAUUGAAACCAUUGGCAGAAUCCUGUCAUGGAUGUCUACCAUUCUCUAUCUCGGCUCACGACUUCCUCAAUUGUACAAGAACUAUGUUCGCAAGAGCACCUCCGGACUUUCACCUUUGUUGUUUAUGGCAGCCUUUUGUGGAAACUUUUUCUACUCCGCAUCACUACUCACCAACCCCAACGCAUGGUACGAUUACCCAGCCUACGGCGGAGGCGGUUGGGCCGAUAAAGACGGCAACAAUCGAGCCGAAUGGGUCGCUCUCGCGACGCCGUUUUUCCUCGGUGCAGCCGGAGUUUUGAGUCUGGACGCUUUUAUGGGUGUACAGUUUCUUAUAUACGGGGAUCAAGGUGGCGAGCCGCUUGUCACUGUAGACGACCCAACAGAUCCAGGUCACAAGCGAUGGAGACGCGUGAGCGGAUGGAUGAGAGGAUGGAUUCCAUCUGGAGAAUUGAACAAGUAUCUCCGCAGCAAUUCUGGAUCCCAGCUUGCUGAGACGCGGUCGUUACUUGGGGACUCUAAUACCAGCGGUCACAAUUAUGGUGGCGUCUGA